GCUGACCAAUGGGCGGGUUCGUGGGCGGCGCCUGGAGGAUAUCUGCGCAGGAUUCAAACUGAACAUGGCUGCGGGGAAGGAUGCCGACGAAAACACGCACAAUAGAAGAGGAACGGUGUGCAGCAUGGUGAUCCGGCACGAGGAACCGCCGGCGGGCUCUCCGGCCGGACGGCCGCCCGUCAUCUUCAACCCGGAUUUCUUUGUGGAGAAGCUGCGCCACGAGAACCCCGAGGUCUUCCUGGAGCUGGUGAUCAGCAACGUCACGCGCCUCAUCGAUCUGCCCGGAACGGAGUUCGCUCAGCUGCUGGGCGAAGAAGGACCGAAGACCCCCACCGGCGGGAACGGGGGCUUUUUCCGCUCGCUCAACUUCCUGAAACGUAAAGAUAAAGGCAUCGUCUUUGGGAGUCCGCUGACGGACGGCUGCAUCGCUCAGAUCUACCAGCUGGUCGAGUUCCUCAGUAGACAUCUUCACGUGGAGGGUCUGUUUCGAGUUCCCGGAAACAGCGUCCGGCAGCAGACCCUGAAGGAGCUCCUCAACGGCGGCGCCGACGUGGACCUUCACUCCGGAGACUUUCACCCCAACGACGUGGCCACGCUGCUGAAAACCUUCCUGGGGGAGCUGCCCGAGCCGCUGCUGACGCACAGACACUUCAACGCUCACCUGAAGAUCGCAGACAUGACGUUGUUUGACGAACACGGCAACAAGACGGCGGUUCCCAACAAGGAGCGGCAGAUCGAGGCGCUGCAGCUGCUCUUCCUGCUGCUGCCGCAGGCCAACCGCUCGCUGCUCAAGCUGCUCCUGGACCUGCUCUACCACACCGCCAAGCUGCAGGACAAGAACAAGAUGUCCGCCCACAACCUGGCCCUCAUGUUUGCCCCGCACGUCCUCUGGCCGCGACACAUGACGGCGAGCGACCUGAAGGAUCAUCUGAAGAAGCUGAACAGCAGCAUGGCCUUCCUCAUCAAACACUCGCAGAAGCUUUUCCGGGCGCCACUGUACCUCCGGGAAUUCGCCCGGGUCCACUUUUCUGGGACCAGAACUCUGCAGUCGAAGGACGACCUGGAGCUGCUGGCGGCGAGCAGCUCUCCGGCCCCCCGGACGGUUUUGCCCCUGAAGAGGUCGGCGGCCCUGGCCCCGCCCUCCCAGGAGGCGUGCGGGUCUCCAGCCCAGCAGUACACGGACGAGGCGCUGAAGGAGCUCUUCAGGCACGUCCACCAGAACAUGCCCGACUCCGCCAAGAAGAAGAAGCUCGUUCGACAGCUGGUCAAACAGGCCAACGCAGCUGAAGACCCUCAGGCCCCGCCCCCUCCCAGCAGGAAACACCCGCGCUCGCGCUCCUUCGGCGGCCUCAUCAAGCGCCGAACUCGAGGUGAGCAGCUGACGGCGGAGAGGCGGGUCAGACACGCCUCCCCCGAGGCCGUCAGCCGGACCGGCAGAAAAGGCGGCAAAGAAAACGUCGCUUUACAGGCGGUCCACAGUCCGUUCAGCGGUGCGCUGAUGGGGAAAUCCGGGCUGGUUGUGAGAAAUCCAGACUUUGACUGGAACAAAGCUGUGAAACCUUCAAAGCAGGAAUCUCCGUCGGAGUCCAGGAUGUGUCCGUCUGCCGUGUAGGAACCGGGACUUCUGGACCGGAGGGACGCUCCACCACAGGAGCUUUGUCUUAUUUAGUCAUAACGUUACUGAUAUUUAUACGGCCUGUGGCGAUGACUGCUACGUUUCUGCUGACUCUGCAGGAAAUGUUUAAAGUGUAAACUAUGUUACUGUUUUUUAGAAGCUUGGGAGAUGUUUGUUUGUUUGUUUGUAUGUUUGUUUGUUUUUAAGAUAAAGCUGUUUACAUCACACCUGUACCUGCAGAAAGAAAGAAGGAAGGUUCCCGCUGAGAUCUUUGGAGGGGGGGGCAGAAGUGACUGUUCAUCGAGGUGCUGGCGUCCUGCCCAAUAGGGAAUCGAACUUCGUUAGCGGAGACGUUUACGUGUCAAAAAGGUUAAUGUGAAAAAGUUCCUGUUCAGACACUUUAGAAUUUUUAUUUUUGGUGUUUUUUAAUCUUGGGGGGGGGCUGAAAGUUUUAAGGAAAGUUGAAGGAAGGAUUUGUGUUUGAGAGUCGUUUCAGAGGAGGAGGAAGAGGAGGAGUCAUCAUCAUCAGGGCUGCAGGUCUGACGUUUAACACCUGGAGAUGCUAAAGCGUUAGCAGGUGUGGGGGGGGGCCUGAGGAUGGCUGUGUGGGGGUGUAAUGCUGUUGCAGACUGUGAGAGGACGUGGAUAUUAUGGGAUGUUGGACGAUUAAAAGACACUGUAGCUUCUGACCUUUUUUUUUCCUUCACACUAACGCCUGGAUUAUUUUAUGAUUCCUGAUGCUAAUAUUUUAUAAUGAACCUCUUUGGUUCGUGUCUGGCUGCAGUUUUUUUUUUUUUUACACAGUGGAACAAAUGCUGCCCCCUACUGUUACUAAUGUGAACCUGUUUUCUUAGUUUUUUUCCAUCAUUUCUCUCAGGCUUUUAUCUUUUUGUUUGUCUAAACCGAGUUCUCCGGCGUUUCUGUAACUUCUGGUUCAAAUCUGUGGUUAUUUUUGUGUAAAAUAAGAUCUGUUCGUUCACUGCUUUCCUUGGCAUUAAAUCUGCUUUGGAUUAAAACUUUAUAUUUCCACUAAAA